AGAAGACACAGGCAGGCGCUUGCGGGAGCCCAAGUCCCGCAGAGGAGGGUGGACUACAACUCCCAGCGUCCCACCGGAGGAGACUGUGUACCUUCUUGGGCCAGUCGGUGGGUGUUUAGCGCAGCCAAGCGACCGAGCGGAGCAGCCAAGAGGAGGAGGAAGAAGAGGAGGAGGAGCCGCGUCGAGAGAGAGAGAGACAGAGUGAGGGAGACAGAGAGAGAGCAGCGCUAGCCGGCGAACUUUGGGCGAAGGAAAGGGAGAAGUGGCUGGGAGGAAAUGAGGCAGCUUUGUCCGCCGGGGCCUCUCCUCUUGCUUCCCUCCCCUUCCUCGCAGGCGGGACUCUCCUCCUCCCCACCGGGCUGGCUUUGAAUGGCUCUCUGGGCUGCUGCCUGGCUGAGCUCCUCGGGGGCGGCCCGUCGGGGCUCUCGGUCGAAGCGGUGGCUCUGGCGUCGGGGCUGAUGCGGUCCCUUGGAGGAGGCGGAGGGGGCUGAGAGGGCUUCCCGGGCCCGUCGCCUCCUCCUCCUUCCCCUCCCUCCCUCCCAAUCCCUCUCCCUCUCCCGGGAUGUGGAGGCUGAGCCUGUGGUGGCUGCUGAGCCGGGUGGCGCUGCCCCUCCUGCCACCCUGCGCCUUGGUCCUGGCCCGGGUGCCCGCCUCGUCCUGCCACCCGCAGCCCUGCCAGAUCCUCAAGCGGAUCGGACACACCGUCAGGCUCGGGGCGGCCCACCUCCAGCCCUGGCUGCCGGACGACGAGGAGGGCCCGGAGCGAGCGCCCGGCGCGGGCAGCCUCCGGAGCCGGGGAUCCGCCGACCGCGAUGGCACGCCCUUCCUGCCCCGGGAGGCGCUGCUCCUGGCGGCGGAGCGGCUGAACGGCCUCAAGAACCUGCUGCCUUACAACCUGUCGCUGGAGGUGGUCAUGGCCAUCGAGGCCGGGCUGGGAGACCUGCCGCUCUUCCCCUUCUCCUCGCCCGGCGCCGCCCAGCCCUCCUCGCCCGGCGGCGGCAGCAGCAACGACCCGGCCUCCUUCCUCCAGAGCGUCUGCCACACCGUGGUGGUCCAGGGGGUCUCGGCCCUGCUCGCCUUCCCACGCAGCCGCCGGGAGAUGCUGGAGGUGGAUUUCCUCGCCGGCGCCCUCCGCCUCCCCGCCCUCAGCAUCGUCCGCGAGGAGUUCCCCACCAAGAGCCAGAAUCCCCUUCACCUGCAGUUGAGUUUAGAACGCUCAUUAAGCUUUGACGCCGAUGUCACUUUUUCAAUCUUGGCCUUGAACAACUGGUAUAAUUUUAGCUUGAUGGUAUGCCAGGAAGAAUGGAACAUCACCGAUUUUCUCUUCCUCACGCAACAAAGCUCCAAAUUUCAUUUGGGAUCCAUUAUAAAUAUCACAGGAAACCUCACAUCAACUGAUGACCUCUUGACCUACUUGCAAGUUCAUCUGGAGAACAUAAAGGACACGACAUCCACCGUGGUAAUGUUUGGCUGUGACAUGGAAAGCACAAGGAGGAUUUUUGAGAUAACCACACAGUUUGGGGUGAUGCCUCCUGAGCUGCACUGGAUUCUUGGGGAUUCGCACAAUGUGGAAGAACUGAGGACAGAAGGCUUGCCGUUGGGUCUUAUAGCUCAUGGGAAAACAACACAAUCUUUUUUUGAAGAUUACGUCCAGGAUGCAAUGGAAUUGGUAGCUAGAGCUGUGGCUUCGGCUACAAUGAUCCAGCCAGAGCUGGCACUUAUUCCAAGUACAACGAAUUGUUUGAACACAGAGGAAAAAAAUCUCACUUCAGGACAGUAUUUAUCAAAGUUUCUAGCCAAUACCACCUUUCAUGGGCUUAGUGGGCACAUUAAAGUCAAAGACUCCUCCAUCAUCAGCUCCGAAAACAACUUCUUUAUUUGGAAUCUGCAGCACGAUCCUGUGGGCAAUCCAAUGUGGACUCGCUUGGGGAGCUGGCAAGAAGGAAAGAUCAUCAUGGAUUACGGGAUCUGGCCAGAGCAGGCCCAGCGGCACAAGAAUCACAACCAGCACCCUACUCGGCUGCAUCUGAGGGUGGUGACCCUCAUUGAACAUCCGUUUGUGUUCACAAGGGCUGUGGAUGAUGAAGGCCUGUGUCCGGCAGGUCAGCUCUGCUUGGACCCCUUGACCAAUGAUUCGGCUGUGCUGGAUACUCUCUUUGAAAACCUGCAAGGCGGCAAUGACACAGUGCCCACCAAGUUCAAACAGUGCUGUUAUGGCUACUGCAUAGAUCUGUUGGAAAAACUGGCUGAAGAUAUGAACUUUGAUUUUGACCUGUACAUUGUCGGUGAUGGAAAAUAUGGGGCUUUGAAAAAUGGCCAGUGGACAGGGCUUGUGGGUGACCUAUUGGCUGGCACUGCCCACAUGGCCGUGACAUCAUUCAGUAUCAACACAGCCCGUAGCCAGGUGGUCGAUUUCACCAGCCCCUUCUUUUCUACUAGCUUGGGCAUCCUGGUGAGAACCAAAGACACAGCGGCUCCUAUUGGAGCUUUUAUGUGGCCACUCCACUGGACCAUGUGGCUGGGAAUUUUUGUGGCCCUACACAUCACUGCAAUCUUUCUCACCCUCUACGAAUGGACAAGCCCCUUUGGCAUGACCCCAAAGGGAAGAAACAGGGAUAAAGUUUUCUCCUUCUCCUCUGCCUUGAAUGUCUGUUAUGCCAUCUUGUUUGGUAGAACAGCUGCCAUAAAACCCCCCAAGUGCUGGACUGGAAGGUUUCUCAUGAACCUCUGGGCCAUUUUUUGUUUAUUUUGUCUGUCAACAUAUACAGCGAAUCUGGCUGCUGUCAUGGUGGGAGAGAAAAUCUAUGAAGAGCUGUCUGGAAUACAUGACCCCAAGCUGAACCACCCUUCACAGGGGUUUCGCUUUGGAACGGUGCGAGAAAGCAGCGCUGAGGAUUAUUUCAAGCAAAGCUUCCCCGAUAUGCAUGAGUACAUGAAAAGGUUCAAUGUGCCUGCAACUCCUGAUGGAAUAGACUACCUGAAGCAAGAUCCAGAGAAACUGGAUGCCUUCAUCAUGGAUAAAGCACUCCUGGAUUAUGAAGUGUCAAUAGAUGCUGACUGCAAGCUUUUGACGGUGGGGAAACCCUUUGCUAUUGAAGGGUAUGGUAUUGGCCUUCCUCCAAACUCUCCACUAACCUCAAAUAUCUCUGAACUGAUCAGCCAGUAUAAAUCUCAUGGCUUCAUGGAUGUCUUACAUGACAAAUGGUACAAGGUAGUGCCCUGCGGGAAAAGAAGUUUUGCUGUGACAGAGACGCUGCAGAUGGGCAUCAAACACUUUUCUGGGCUCUUUGUGAUGUUAUGCAUUGGAUUCGGCAUGUCUAUUCUAACUACAAUCGGAGAGCAUAUUGUAUACAGGCUGGUAAUCCCACGAGUCAAAAAGAAAUCCAAGAUGAAAUAUUGGCUCCACACAAGUCAGAGAUUGCACCGAGCUCUAAAUAGUUCGUUUAUUGAAGACAAACACCAGCCUAAAGCAAAGCGAGUAGAGAAGAGAUCCCAUACAGGAAACAGUGAGCAUGCGGUAUGGAAUACGGCUAGCCCUGGCAACUGCCAUCGGAGGAAAUAUAUCUGCACCGAGGAAAGACAGAAUGAAGUGGUUCUCAAGCAGCAGCAGGAGCAGCAGGAGCAAGAGAUACCUCUUCCUCCCGUAAAGAGAGACUCUCCAGCAUCGCUGGCCACAAAUGGGAAAGCAGACUCUGUUAACAUUGCUAGGACCUCAGUGAUCCAAGAGCUCUCGGAACUGGAGAAGCAGAUCCAGGUGAUCAAGCAGGAAUUACAGCUGGCCAUGAGCAGGAAACUGGAGCUGGAAGAGUUUCAGAGGACAAACAGGACUGCGGAGUCUUAAGCGGCCGCUUUCCAGUCCUUCCCACUUCCCAUUUCCCUGUAACAAUGCAAAAUGCACUUCUUGGGGUAAUGCCAAGGGGCAAAAAAAAGGCACCACAAUCAGCAAGCAAUACAUCCUUCAGGCGAUAGCUCCUUCCUUCCCACAACACCAAGAUGGUGGAGGGUCACAGCGUUCCUUACUUUUGGCUGUGUGGCCAAUUCAAAGAAGAAAGAAUUUUUCCAUGAGAAGUCUUAACUUACCAGAGGACUGGCCCCAGGCUUCCCAAACUCUAAGCCACCAGGUUGUGCGGCUCCUCUUUUGCUUCUCACAAAAUAGACAUUCUACUUUUUAGCCCUUUCUGUGCAUUAAUUUUUAAAAAGCAAAGGGAGACUUAAAACGAUGAUUGAGAAUCGUGCAUCUUGGUGGUAUUUUAUUUGGAUUUUGCUGUUUGAAGUUGUUAAGGUCUACCUAGGAAAAUACAAUCGGCCCUCCUUAUCAACAGAUUCUGUAUCCAUAGGUUUGGCCAUCCAUGGCUUGAAAAUGUUCUACUACCAUCCCACCCCCCAAAAAUCCAAAAAGCAAGCCUUGAUUUUGCCAUGUAAUACAACAGACGCCAUUUUGCUAUGCCAUUGUACCUAAUGGGACUUGAGCAUCCAUGGAUUUGAUAUCCAUUAGGGUAGUGGUUCUCAACCUGUGGAUCCCCAGAUGUUUUGGCCUUCACCUCCCAGAAAUCCUAACAGCUGGUAAACUGGGAGUUGUAGGCCAAAACACCUGGGGACCCACAGGUUGAGAACCACUGCAUUAGGGGGUUCUGGGGAAAAAACCACAGCAGAUCCCAAGGGGCCAGUGUAGGACCUUACACAAUGAAACACUACUUCUUUAUGGUUGAGCAAUGGUACAGAUGUGUCUCUAAAAGAGGAAAACCCAAGGGUUAAACUCACCUAUACAUUAAUACUUCUAAUAUUGAAAGAUCUCAGAGCUUAUCUAAAUCAGAAAACAAUUAUGCUAUUACAUUUCUUCAAGCCCUGGCUGCCUAAGUGAUUGUAUUUUUUGAAGCUAGGUGCAAGAAGGCAUCAGAUACCUCCUUGCACUAGCUGUUUUCUGUCUUUUUACAUGGAAUUCGGUGCAACUUUAUUACUACUACCCAAUCAAAUUAAACAGUCACUGAUUGACCCUUUGGUGGCUGGAAGGAUGGAAGAAACUCCCAGCCAACUUUGUGGAUAUCAGAACAGCCUUUUGCCAUUCUACACAGUGUUGGGUUUCUCCAUCCUCCUAAUUCACUCUCCUACAAGCCCAAAGACUCACCCUAAGUAUGCUGGCAGAACUUUCUGCUCCCCCUGCAUUAUUUUGGAUUUUUAAGCAUGGGGUAGUAGCAUUCUUGGCUCUGGCAUUCCAGAUUGCAACCGGACAGGGUCCUAUUUUUGGAUGCACCAGCACUGCAAAACCAAUCCUUCAAAAAACACUCCUUCGGCUUUUGCUUGGAUAUGUUAGAUGACUAAAGAAAUGAGAUCUUUUAUGCAGAAAAAACAUUCAAAAUAUGGCUUCCCACCUUUAUCUUAAAUAUCAGGAACUUCACUGACUCAUUCUGGAUUAUUUUACAUUGGCUUUCAUCAAUCAGAUACAGCAGUUGUGUCUUCUAGGUGUCUCUGGACUGUUAACUCCAAGGAUGGUAGGAGCUGCAGACCAACAUCACUUGGAAGGCCACAUAUCCACAAUUCUAGAGAUUUAAUAUUAUAUUUCCUUACACAAUCUGCAUUUUGCUACUUCUUUGAAUCAACUGUCAGGGCAGGACCCAAUUCUACCUUCAAAUCAUUUAGGCUAAGUACACCUUUACUCAAAACUAAAACAGAUCCAUGAAGAAUAAGAUUUGUUAGUCCAACACAAAGAGAAUGUAUUGCAAUGAAUGGGGCUUUUAUUCAAUGCCUACAGAACAUGAUUAAAUCCUGGUGAAUUCAAUGGAGCUAUAUGAGCAGGGAAUUCUUGUUAGAUUUAACCCUUUGCCUUUACAAAAUAAUCCUACAAUUGUUCUCAGCAGGUUCUGUGGCCCUGAACAUCAGUUUUGAGCAAAAAAAUAAAAAAAAAUUAAAACCAUUUCCAAAGCUACACACAAUUUAACUAUGGUAGCCUUUUUCGGUAUUUCUUGUUCCCAGUAUUAUGAUAUGUAUACAUACAUAUACAUCAUAUAGAUAUAGAUAUAUUUGGCCUAAGAUUCCCUAUCAUAAUCUCAGAACCUGUUGUUUUCGGCUGGUGAUGGGGAACCUGUGGUCCAAAGGUUGGCUCAAAGUCAAUGCUAUGGCUUAAUGUUUUUGAAGCGCAGUGGUAUCUUUCAGUGAAAUGUGUUGUGUAAGUUACCGGUGGUGGCUUGGCUCUCCAAUUGUAAAUGUUUGUUCUUGAUGCGGGUGCUAUGCAAGCAGUGGGUGAAACAAUGUAUGGCAUACAAUCAACUGGCAAACCAUUCCAUCUCCCACAUCUUCACCCCUAGUCCAUCCAUACAUGCAAAUUAGUACUGCCAACAUGGCCUAAUUCACAUGCCGUUUGACUUAUGUAGUCCCUGACUCCACAGGCCCUCUCAUGCCAUCCCAGGUAAUGUGUAUUAUUUCUCCCAAGCUCAGUGAUGCACACCUUGUUAAGAGACUGGCUAUCAACCUGGAAGAUAAAUGUGGACUCCAACCUAAUAAUCAAUAGAACUGGGUAAGGAUGGGGAAUUCUAUUAGCAUCACAGUUUUCCACAUUCCUUUUUUAAAAUCUCAAUUCUUUCCAACUCAAACACAAAAAUAUCCAUAAAUAUUUGUGAAUCCUUCCAACAACUAAAUGGAAUUGAAUUUCCCAGCUGCACUGCCUAGAUUCAAUUACAGUUAGUCCUCUGUAUACACUGGAUUCCACCAUCCAUGACUUGAAAAUAUUUAAAAAUAUCAAACAGUAAAUCCCAAUCUUGCAAUUUUAUAUAAGAGACACCAUUUUACUACAUGAUUGUAUAUAAUGGGACUCAAGCAUCCACAGAUUGUGGUGUUCACAGGGCAUCCUUGAACCAAACUCCAGUGGACAUAGAGGGCCCACUGUAGUACCAUUAUUACAAGCACUAAGACUGUACUUGCCUGAUUUUCUGGUAACACAACCCAACAACAAAAAUUCUCAGUAUUUUGAUUUUUUUGGCCUAUUCCUAGGUUAUUUGGGGUGCUGAUUCAGAAGACUGCAUUGGAUAGACCACAUCGGCUCAAGUUUCUUAGCUAUAGCUACCAUAAUUUUCUAUGGGCAAGCAGAUGGUGACUGGUAGAUGGCCUAUGUUGUGUAUCUCAAAAACUAGAGCUGAUCAGGGAAAACUGGUGACAUUUUUGGAAUCAGUAAGUCAAAUAUACCCAGAAACAGGUUUAAAAUUUGAGGCACCCAAUGUGUAUUGGGCAAUGUAACUGAAGAUUGAGAGGUCUUCAAGAAAGUGAAGAGGUGGCAACCAUAAUACAGCAUUAAUAUGCCCAUAUUUUUCACUGUGAAGACUCUAGCCCAUAACAACUAAAUUGGACAGUUUUUAUGGCUACAUCAGUGGUUCCCAAUCUUUGGGCCUCCAGGUGUUUUGGACUUCAAUUCCCAGAAAUCCCAGCCAAUUUACCAGCUAUUAGGAACUGUGGGAGCUGAAGUCCAAAACACCUGGAGGCCCAAAGGUUGGGAACCAUUGGUCUACAUUCAUUAAAAAACAAUGACUUUUGGUAAAUUUGGCAAAUUCCUCAGGACAGAACACGUAGUUUGGAAUGGCAUGAGAACAGUGGCAGGGGAGGCAGCAACCACAUCAAAGUAACAACACACUGGGCCUGGACUAAAAUACCAGUAUGUGGGGACUGGUACUCAUAUGCCACAGGGGGAUUACCUCCUUUGAAUGUUAUGUAAUGUCCACCCCUGAAUCCCGGCUGAUGGGCUUUCUUCUAAUAUACCAGGCAUUGAAGGCCCAAGAAUCCCAAAUAUGUGUGACUUGGCCAAGGCCUAGAAAUCAUCUUUUCCCAUCUGAGUCACCAGGCAAUUAUUUUGCCCAGUCCCAAAAAGCUCUUCUCAUUCCCCACUCCCCAAUAUAUGCUGGCAUUGAUUUAUUUUUUUGAAGAAUCCAACAGAAAGCCAGCACUACAUCUCACAUCUUUGGUGUAAACGAAUACUUAAUUCUUUAAUUGAUUUCUACGAGUUGCCCUUGACCAUCUCCUUUUCUGGGUGAAAACUCUGGAUGGGGUUGUGGUUAUUUUUUUUUAAUUUUCAAUAAAUUUUAAUACUAUU